GGUCACUCGUUUAGUACAGCGUCUCAGCUGUAGCUCCUCUGUCCGGUAGGCGGCGCACUCUCCCGCUCUCCGGGCUGCAGUGCUCGGUCUGUCCGUGCGGCGGCGCUGUGAGGCCGGUCCCGCUGGAACACGUCCGUGAGUGUGAGUCCCGGGGGCUGGAGCGUAGGAUGGCGGCGGUCGGUGCUGCUGCCGCUGCCGAGGCCGAAUCGUCGGACAGUGAGCCGGAGCAGGAGCACGGCUCCCCGCAGAAGCUCAUUCGGAAGGUCUCCACGUCCGGUCAGAUCCGGAGCAAGGUAAUCACUCCGUGUCGUCGGCUGGUUCUGUGUGCGGAAAACAGGAAAGAAAUGGAGGAGUGGAUCGCAGCGCUGAAGAGUGUUCAGAACCGAGAACACUUUGAGUCCACUCAGUUCAGUAUGGAUCAUUUCUCUGGGAUGCAUAACUGGUACGCCUGUUCUCACGCUCGCCCCACGUACUGUAACGUCUGUCGGGAGGCUCUGUCUGGAGUCACGUCUCACGGACUGUCCUGCGAAGUGUGUAAGUUCAAGGCUCACAAGCGCUGUGCGGUCAGAGCCACUAAUAACUGCAAAUGGACGACCCUGGCCUCUAUCGGCAAAGACAUACUGGAGGAUGAGGAUGGGAUCUCGAUGCCUCAUCAGUGGCUGGAGGGGAAUCUUCCCGUCAGCGCCAAAUGCACCGUGUGCGACAAAACCUGCGGCAGCGUCCUGAGACUGCAGGACUGGCGCUGUUUAUGGUGCAAAGCCAUGGUGCAUGCUGGGUGCAAAGACCAGCUCUCGCCGAAGUGCCCGCUGGGUCAGUGUAAAGUCUCAGUGAUUCCACCCACCGCCCUCAACAGCAUCGACUCAGACGGUGAGCGUCCAAUCAGAACGGUCCCUCAGAAGCAACCAAUCAGGACGCAUUCCCAGAGUAACCCUGGAGAUAAUCAGGGCGUGAAGUUCCUGCGGCGCUUUAAGCAGCUGUUGAAUCCUGCACAAGUGUUCGAUCUGAUGAACGGAGGGCCACAUCUGGGCUUGCGUCUGUUUCAGAAGUUCGACACGUUUCGUAUUCUGGUGUGUGGAGGCGACGGCAGCGUUGGAUGGGUUUUAUCAGAGAUAGACACGCUGACUUUACACAAACAGUGCCAGCUUGGCGUACUUCCUCUGGGAACAGGAAAUGACCUGGCGAGAGUUUUGGGGUGGGGCUCGGCGUGUGACGACGACACUCAGUUACCGCAGAUCCUGGAGAAACUAGAGAGAGCCAGUACUAAGAUGCUGGACAGAUGGAGUAUUAUGGUAUACGAGACCAAGUUACCACGGCAACACUCCAGCUCCACGGUAACAGAGGACUGCAGUGAGGACCCAGAGGUGCAGCACAUUCUGACCUAUGAGGACUCAGUCGCUGCUCAUCUCUCCAAAAUCCUGACGUCCGAUCAGCACUCUGUGGUCAUUUCAUCCGCCAAAGUCCUGUGUGAGACGGUUAAAGACUUUGUUGCAAAAGUCGGACGUGCUUACGAGAAAAACACCGAAAACUUAGAAGAAUCAGAGGCCAUGGCUAAAAAGUGUGGUGUGCUAAAAGAAAAGUUGGACUCGUUAUUGAAAACGCUUAACGAUGAAGCCCAGGCCAGCAGUGUGAUGUCUGCGCCUCCACCCACCAUCGCUGAGGAGCAGGUGGAUGGGGAGGGUGUGGUUCUGGCUCCGCCCACUGCCCCGCCCACAGUCACAGCCACUUGUUCGCCUCGACCGCCCGCCGCCAUCUUCAAACCCCGAGAGCAGCUGAUGCUUCGAGCCAACAGCCUGAAGAAAGCCAUCAGACAAAUCAUCGAGCACACGGAGAAAGCGGUGGAUGAACAGAACGCUCAAACGGAGGAGGGUUUGCCUUCACUACCGGCGGAGGAAGAAGAGGAGGAUGAUGGUUCAGAAACGUUGUCUCUGCAGUCGUCAUACAGCAGCAGAGCGCGAGCCAGCAGACGAGCGUCUAAGACUCCAUGUGAGAAGCUCAUCAGUAAAGGAAGCCUGUCCAUAGGCAGCUCCGCCUCACUUCCUGCUCAGACAGGAAGCAGAGAGAACAUGCCCAUGCUGAACACUAAGAUCCUCUACCCAAGUCUCAGAGCUGGUGUGUCGGGCUCUUUUAGCGGCUCGGUGAUCACCAGGCUGCUGGUCAACGCUGAUCCGUUCAGCUGUGAUCCGGAGAACCUGGAUCUGUACACGGAGAAAUGUGUGAUGAAUAAUUAUUUCGGGAUCGGUCUGGAUGCCAAGAUCUCUCUGGACUUCAACAAUAAACGUGACGAGCAUCCAGAGAAAUGCAGGAGUCGCACUAAAAACAUGAUGUGGUAUGGAGUCCUGGGAACCAAAGAACUUCUGCACAGAACAUACAAGAACCUGGAACAGAGAGUUCUGCUGGAGGUCAGUGUUGUGUGUGUGUCGCCGUCGUUUGACGAUAAGAUCCUGGAAGUGGUGGCUGUGUUCGGCAGCAUGCAGAUGGCUGUUUCUAGAGUUAUUAAUCUACAGCAUCACCGUAUCGCACAGUGUCGAACAGUGAAGAUCACUAUUCUGGGAGAUGAAGGUGUACCUGUGCAGGUGGAUGGGGAGGCCUGGAUCCAACCGCCUGGAUACAUCCGGAUCCUCCACAAGAACCGCACACAAACCCUCACCAGAGACCGGGCGUUCGAGAACACUCUGAAGUCGUGGGAGGACAAACAGAGAGGCGAGAUUCCACGGCUGGUUUCCCAGCAUGCAUCGCAGCCGGAGAUCGUUUCUGAAGAGGAAACCACUCAGAUCAGCCUGUUCGGACAAGCAGCCGGUGCACUUAUACACAGUAUCAGGGAAGCAGCACAGUCUCAUCACACCAUCGAGCAGGAAUUGGCUCAUGCAGUCAACGCUAGCUCUAAGGCCAUGGAUCUGGUGUACGCAAACUCCAAAAGCAGCGGGGGUUUGACCUGUAAUGUGGUGAUGGAGAUGGUCAGUAAUGUCAAAGCUCUGCACAGUGAGACCCAACUGCUGCUCGCGGGAAAGAUGAGCCUGCAGCUGGAUCCUCCUCAGAGAGAUCAGCUGAUCGGUGCGUUGAGUUCAGUCACUCAGCAGUUACGCAGACUCACAGACAUCAGCUGGCUCAGUCAGCUCAUCGACCCGGCCGACGACGAGGGUCAGCUGUCUGAUUUCUCCAAGCGCAGUCGUAGCGCUAAAUUCCGCCUCGUGCCCAAAUUCAAGAAAGACAAAAACAACAAAAACAAGGAGACGUGCGCCGCCCUCAACAUGCCAGUGAAUACGUGGGGUGUGGAUGAAGUGGCCGUCUGGCUGGAGAUGCUCUGUCUGGCUGAGUAUAAGGAGAUCUUCAUCAGACAUGAUAUCAGAGGACCAGAGCUGCUUCAGCUGGAGAGGAGAGACCUGAAGGAUCUGGGAGUCACUAAAGUCGGCCAUAUGAAGCGGAUCCUGCAGGGAAUCAGGGAUUUGAGUCAAAACAGCACAGCCAGCGAAGCCUAGACACUCCGCAGCCAAUCAGAUGCCUCGUUCGGACGUGACGCAGCUUCACCCGGCCAAUCAAACGCUCAGUCACGACUGGAAGCAGCCAUACUCCACCACUCGACUCGACCAAUCACAGUGCCUUCUGUUCUCCACCUGUGUGACAUCACUUUGGGGGAAACUAUUUUACUAGCUAGAAGGGGGAGAUUUAUCAAGAGCCAUCAGAGGGUCGUACCAAUAUCACAGACUUUGAAGAGCAAAUCACCAUUCAGCCAACAUGAAAUCCACGCUCAGCCUUUUUUCUUUGAAAUACUUUCACUUUCUUAAAGUAACAAAUGGUUGUCUUCUAAAUCUGCCAUCAAACCCGAAUAACUUCCUCCACCUCUCAAACAGCUUUUCAUUUCCGCUGAGGUCACCAAGGCCUAAAAGUUAUAUUAACCAAUAAUCUCAAACCCCACGUUUCACGAUCCAAUCAAAUCCCAUGGAUAACAGUAUGUCCCGCCCUCCAUUAUUUUUUUUGUUAAAUAUUCAAUUUCAUUUUAAAAUGAAAGGUGUGGUGAAUGCUGUUUCAUGUUGUCUUGAAGCUCUGUGGCUCUAUUCAAAACCUAGUGAGCUGCCUUUGUCUACUGCCUGCUUUCUGAGCCACCAGAGACUCUCGAAAGAUUUCCAGUCGGACUGAUCCUCAGAUGAGCACAAAAUACACAGUACAACAGUGGGUAAAACACCUUUACAUUUAUGCAUUUGGCUGAUGCUUUUAUCCAAAGUGACUUGCAUU